GCCGCGGCUGGAAGAUGGCGGGGAACGACUGCGGCGCGCUGCUGGACGAAGAGCUCUCCUCCUUCUUUCUCAACUAUCUCGCCGACACACAGGGAGGAGGCCCCGGGGAGGAGCAACUGUGUGCUGACCUUCCGGAGCUCGACCUGUCCCAGCUGGACGUCGCUGACUUUGACUCGGCCACCUGCUUCGGGGAGCUGCAGUGGGGCCCAGACAACUCGGAGACAGAACCCAGUCAGUACAGCCCCGACGACUCGGAGCUCUUCCAGAUCAUCGACGGCGAGAAUGAGGCCCUCCUGGCGGCGCUCACCAAGACGCUGGAGGACAUCCCCAUCCCCGAGGAUGACGUGGGCCUGGGUGCCUUCCCCGAGCUCCACAGCGACGACGACUCUCCCUCCUACACCUCCGCGUCCCCUACCCCCUCGUCCGCGCCCCCCAGCCCCUCCCUGGAGACGUCCCCAGACCCAGACCCCGAGGCGGAUGAGCUUUCACUGCUGCAGAAGCUGCUCCUCGCCACCUCCUCCCCUACGCCAGCCUCUGACCUCCAGAAGGAUGGGGCCGCCUGGAGGCAGUCAGGUCCCAGGUCUAAAAGCCAGCGGCUUUGUGUCAAGAUGGACAGCACCCAGGCGAAGAAGACCCCCCUGAUGCAGCCUCAGAACCGGAGCUGUACAGAACUACAUAAGCACCUCACCUCGGUGCUGUCCUGCUCCCAGGCCAAAGCCUGCUCCCCAGAGACGGGCCUGCAGCCACCAGCCCCUCUGAGUCCCCCGCUCCCUGCCAGGGAGGAUGGGGAGCUGGGUGAGGACUGCCCAAGCCCCCAGCCCACCCCAGCCUCUCCCCGGGACUUCCCAGCAUUGGACAGGGCAGGCCCCAGCGCCCAGGUUUCCCGGGAGGACAUGCAGGCCAUGGUGCAGCUGAUCCGCUACAUGCAUACCUACUGCCUCCCCCAGAGGAAGCUGCCCCUGCCGGCCUCACAGCCUACCCCCCAGCCCUGCAGCAGCCCCUCCAAACAGAUCAGAGCCCGGCCUCGGACCCAGCACCCUUCCAAAGCACCCUGGGCAGAGUUCUCCAUCCUGAGAGAGCUUCUGGCUCAAGAUGUCCUCUGUGAUGUCAGCAAACCCUACCGCCUGUCUACGCCUGUGUACGCCUCCCUCACACCCCGGCCAAGGCCCAGGGCCCCCAAGGACAGCCAGGCCUCCCCUGGCCACCCAACGCCGGUGGAGGAGGUGAGGAUCACGGCUUCACCCAAGAGCACGGGGCCCAGGCCGAGCCUGCGUCCACUGCGGCUAGAUGUGAAAGGGGCUGCCGGCCGGCCUGCCAGGCAGCAAGAGGAAGAGGAGGGCGAAGAAGAGGACGAGGAGGAGGAGGAAGAAGAAGAAGAAGAAAAGGAGGAAGCAGAAGAGGAGGAGGAGGAGUGGGGCAGGAAAAGGCAGGGCCGAGGCUCCCCAUGGACCAAGCUGAGCCGGAAGCUGGAGAACUCUGUGUGCCCCGUGCGGCGUUCGAGAAGGCUGAACCCCGAGCUGGGCCCCUGGCUGACCUUCACUGAUGAGCCCCUGGUCUCUGCAGAGCCCCAGGAAACCCUGCCCUCAUCGUGCCUGGCCCCCGAGGCUUAUGCCACAGAGGGGGCGCUGGGCAGCCCCACCGAUGAGGACAGUGCCCACGGCCAGCAGCUCCUUCGGGUAGCCCAGACCUCGGCUCUGGAGAGCCCCUGCGAGAGCGGCUGUGGGGACACAGACGAGGACCCCAGCUGCCCACAGCUCCCUUCCAGAGACUCUCCCAGGUGCCUCCUGCUGGCCUUGUCACAAAGUCCCCCUCCUUUUGACAAGAAGACCUUCGAGCAGACCCUGACGGUGGAACUCUGCGGCACGGCAGGACUCACCCCACCAACCACACCCCCGUACAAACCCACGGAGGAGGACCCCUUCAAGGCCGACAUCAAGCAUGGUCCGGGCAAGACCUCGGCCCCUAGCCUCCCCUGCCCUGAGGGCCUCCAGCUCGGGGUGGCCCCGGGGGCUGCCCACAAGCUGCCAAAGAAGCACCCUGAGCGGAGCGAGCUCCUGUCCCACCUGCGGCACGCUGCUGCCCCGCCCGCCUCCCAGGCGGGCCAGAAGCGCCCCUUCUCCUGCUCCUUCGGAGACCACGACUACUGCCAGGUGCUCAAGCCCGAGGGCGCGCUGCAGAGGAAGGUGCUGAGGUCCUGGGAGCCGUCCGCGCCGGAGGACGAAGAGGAGGAGGAGGACGAUGAGGACGACGAGGACUCAGGGGCCAGCCCCCCUCGCUCUGACCACUGCCCCUACCAGAGCCCACCCAGCAAGGCCAGUCGGCAGCUCUGUUCCCGCAGCCGCUCCAGCUCCGGCUCAUCCUCCUGCCGAUCCCGCUCACCAGCCACCCGGAGGAACUUCAGACGGGAGAGCAGAGGGCCGUGUGCAGACAGAACGCCAGGCGUCCGGCAGGCCAGGAAGCGGCGGGAAAAGGCCAUUGGCGAAGGCCGGGUGGUGUAUGUUCGAAAUCUCUCCAGCGACAUGAGCUCCCGUGAGCUAAGGCGGCGCUUCGAGGUGUUUGGGGAGAUUGUGGAGUGCCAGGUGCUGACGAGAAGCCAGCGAGGUGAGAAGUACGGCUUCAUCACCUACCGGCGUUCCGAGCAUGCGGCCCUCUCUCUGAGGAAUGGCGCUGCCCUGAGGAGGCGCCAUGAGCCCUCCUUCCAGCUGAGCUCCGGAGAGCUCCGGCACUUCUGCUGGCCCAGAUACACUGACUACGAUUCCACUUCGGAAGAGCCCCUCCCUCCGUCAGUGAAAAACAAGUACGAAGCCAUGGAUUUUGACAGCUUACUGGAGGAGGCCCAGCAGAGCCUGCGUUGAUCAUAGCCUUAACCUUCGAGGAAUACCUCAAUACCUCAGACAAGGCCCUUCCAAUAUGUUUACGUUUUCAAAGAGAUUCAGUCUAUGAGAAGGAGAGACGAGCACGCGUGUGCGCGUGCAAGAACACACGUGAGAGACUUGAAACUGCUGUCCCUUUAAAAAAGAAUCAAUGUUUACAUUGAACAGA